CCAGCAACAAAGAUGGCGUCACUGCCAGGCCGGAAGUGACGGCGCCGGCUGGCUCCCAGCGCAGACAUGGCGGCCUCCAGGCUGGAGAAGAACUUCUUGCGGCUCCUGGUGAGAUGCGAGUCGAUGGCGGCCGAUAAGAGGGACGAGAAGGACUGGCGGUUGGAGAAGUAUGUUGAAGCUCUUCAAGAAAUGUUGACCGAAUUGAAGAAGCACUUAAGUAAACCCGCUCCUGAAGUACUAAAUGAAUACAACCGCAAAGUGGAGUUCAUGAAAGGGCUUUUGGAAGCAGAGAAACUGCCUAACCCUGCUGAAAAGGCCUUGGCCAAUCAGUUGUUGGCUCCUGGGCGAACAUCAACGACUGGUAAAGAACGGGUAUCAGCCACCAAGACUGUCCACCUGCGGACGAAAGCCAGGUACAUGGGAGAAAUGAGGAGUGAACUCCUCGAUGGGCCAUCGCACUCUGCCGACGGUUCGGACUCCGGUGAAUUGAGAAAACGAAGUGGGAUGGGGGAUGAGAAGCAAUCUGCCUCUGAGCUGGACGCAGUGCUCCACCAUCACCACAACGUGCAGGAGCGCCUCGCCGAGGAGAUGCUGAACCUGGCCCGGAACCUGAAGAACAACACGCUGGCCGCUCAGAACGUCAUCAAGCAGGACAACCAGACGCUGACGCAUUCCUUGCGGAUGGCCGACCAGAACUUCGAGAAGCUGAAGGUGGAGUCUGAGCGACUGGAACAACACACCAAGAAAUCCGUCAACUGGCUGCUGUGGCUGAUGUUGGUCGUGGUCUGCUUCAUGUUCAUCAGCAUGAUCCUGUUCAUACGCAUCUUCCCCAAGCUGAGGUGACCAGAGUGCCGCAGCUUCUCCCGUCUACCUAGAAUAUGGGGCUGGAGUAGAAUUGCUUCCAAUCCUCCUCCUGGACUGACAAAGACUCUGCAGAAUCCAAGCACCGUGCGGUACGAACUUCCAUACAACUAACAGGGGAGAUCAGCCGGGUCAACAGUACUUUAACUCAAGAUCUUCCUGUUUAUUGACACAUGCUGACAUAGUUACAAGGGAAGCCGAACUAAGGAUCCUGACCCGAAACGUCGCCUGUCCGUUCCUUCCACAGAUGCUGCCAGACCGCUGAGUUCUUCCAGCACUUUUGAGUUUCACAAAAAAUGUCCCGUGUCAUUCAAUGAAUCUCGUAAUGUUUACGCUCAAGUACUUACAUAUUUUCCAAAAGUUAUUAAAGCACUUUUGUUUGAGAUUGCA